UCAGACGGAAGUUGAUUUAUUUAGCGGCUGUUUCAUGCAGCCUGAGCAUCUCAAGCACUGCGCUCCUUCAUCUGCGACUGGCCGCCUGGACACCCUCAUCAUCAUCACCCUCAUCCCCAGCAGCAGCAGCAGCAGCAGCUCCAGCAGCAGCAGCUCCAGCUGCAGCAGCGUCCUCCGGGCUGCGGCUCUCCAGUUCCCCUCGCCGCGCAUGAUGCCGCCGCGCUGCCGCCCAGCGGGGACCGUCUGCCGGGUUUAGGAUCUCCGCGGCUCUUCAGCAGCAGGAAGAGAAGAGAAAAGAGAAUCUUCAUCCUCGUCUUUCCGACUUUCGUCCGACUUUGUGGAGCAGAAACAUGGAGGCCAGAGGGAAGUACGACUUCACCGCCACGGGGGACGACGAGCUCAGCUUCAGGAAGAACGACAUCCUGAAGAUCAUAAACCUGGAGGACGAUUGGUGCAAGGCUGAGAUGAACGGACAGGAAGGAUACAUCCCUAAAAACUACAUCGACCUACAGACUCCAGAUUGGUUCAAGGAAGACGCCAGCCGCAGCCAGGCGGAGGAGCUGCUGAGGCACAAAACGGUCGGAGACUUCGUGAUCCGAGGAUGUCAGAGUUCGCCGGGAGACUUCUCCAUCUCCGUCAAACAUGAGAACGACGUUCAGCACUUCAAGGUGAUGCGGGACAACAAGGGCCAGUACUUCCUGUGGUCUGAGAAGUUCACGUCUCUCAACAAGCUGGUGGACUUUUAUAAAACCACGUCCAUCUCCAAAACCAGACAGAUCUACCUCCAAGAUGGCUGCCAGGAGGGCAGGAGCCCCCCGGGCCCCCAGGUGAAGAGAGGAAGUUUGCCUGAGCAUCGAAACUCUGCUGCAGCCGUCGCCGCAGCGCCGCGCCGCGCCUCCGACCAGCCGUUCAGCCAGAUGGCUAAACGUUCCGGCUUCGAGGAGCGAGCGCACACCAUCGGACACACAGGCCGCAGCAGCCCCAUCAGCUCGGCCUGCCCGCCUCGCCGCACCUCUGAAACCAUGCCUCUGCCCACGAGGGCCGGCGUCGUCCAGGUGAGGGCGCUGUACGACUUCACGGCGGAGGAAGAUGACGAGCUGGGCUUCUGUGCCGGUGACAUCAUCGAGGUUUUGGAUCGCUCAGACCAGGCGUGGUGGAGAGGACGGCUGCGGGGUCAGAGCGGCUUGUUUCCUGCUAACCACACGGCUCUGAUCUGAGGAGCCAAAGCGCCACCUGCAGGCCGGGCUGCAGCAGCGGCUGCAGGCCGGGCUGCAGCGCCACCUGCAGGCCGGGCUGCAGCGGCGGCAGCUGCGUCUCUAAAAGCUUCGCCAGCCGGCGAGGCGACUUCGGGUCGAACAUUUCCUUCUGGCCUGCAGGAGGUUCUAAACAGGAAGUGCUGCAGAAGCCAUGUUUUUACCGUUUGUAUUAUAACGCGGCUGCAGGUAUUUAUUGAUGGAUGCUUGUUGGCCGAUCAGUCAACUCUUCUGCUCACAUUUUACAGUAAAAUCAUUUGAUCAUUAAAAUUCACUGAAGAGAAACUUUGUUACUAUUCAUCUCCUGAUGUUUCCUUAUGAACUUCUGUUUUAUCAUUUAUUAUUCUUCUGCCUCACUGAGCUGCAUAAAUAUAGCAAAAACUGAAUAAGGCAAAAUGGAACGGGUGGUUUUCAAAAUAAAAGCUGCACAGGUUGAAUAGUUAGUUCUUGUGCUGCUUCAUGUUUACAAGUUUCCACAUUUCAGUAAAGAAGUACAGAAAAAACAUUUUGCUGCUUCGUGACGUCAUGUUGUCAGUUUUUCUUCUUAAAUAAAAGUUUUCCAGAGUUUUAUUGAAUUAUUUACACUGUGAGAAAUUUAUAAAUAAGAUCGGCUCAUUUCACCUGCACUGGAUUCAUUUAUAGCUUCUCUAUUAAUAAAACAUUUUUCCUUA